ACCAGUCGGUUGUUUAUGGCUGCUGCAGUGGAAAGUUCGCAUACUCCCACUAGUCAAGCUACAACUCCUCUCGUUCAUAUAAAAUGCAAGCCUCAUGACAGCUCAGUACAUAGUUUAAAGGAUAAACAGCUACCGUGGAGAAGUGUUGCCUGUUAUACGUCGGCCAUUUAUUCCAGCAUAAAGCCAGCAGCAAGAAAGAGUGAGCAGGAACCAUUACAACGAGCUACGCCUUUAUCUUCCUCUACAGCAGCAAUGAGUUCGUAUCGCAUCAAUCAUCGUCGUGUUUCAUCUCUCCCUCCGACUCCAGACCUGAGCAGGGACAAUAGCGAAGACGAUGAUAGCGAAUUAAGCAUGGAUGUGAUGAUGCUUGGACACGAAGAGGAGAUGAAUACCAGUCUAGCAGACGAAUCAAACGUCUUCAGUGGAGCAUACACAGCCACUCCUAUCAACGUAACGGCUGCAAAGACAAAUGAGGUUUCUUUUUUCAUUGACGUUGGUGAGCUACUCCAUUCUCCUUCAACUAAUCGUCGCUCUGUCUCUGUCUUUCAAUUUGACGAUUUUGAGGAAUCACGACAAGAAGACUACAAGAACACCGAGUCUUCUCACAGUGAAGAAGGAAACAUUUCAAUAUUGGGCAAGAUGCACAAUGCCUCAUCAUCAAGCACUGAAUCACUAAGAGAAGAUCAAAGGACUUGGGUACUCAACGAGCUCCUCCAAACGGAGCGUCGCUACGUUGCAUCACUCGAGCUCAUUCUCUCGGUUUUUCUCUCAAGCGUUGAGAAGAUCAUAGCACCGCGUGACCUCCGCCUCUUGUUCCCAUGUCAAUUGGAACCACUCAUACUGCUUCAUCGGGACCUCCUCUCUCGGCUAACAGAGAGGAUCGAGGCAUCCUCAAGAUGGCAGGGAGUCGUAGGGGAUGUUUUUGGACGCAUCUGCACAGAUCAAGAGGGAGAGUUUGUGGCUCUAUACAGUGCAUACAUGAAUGAGUUCAAAAUUGCACUCCAGACUUUGGUGCACUACGAAAAAACUUCGCAACUCUUUUGCAAGACAAUUAGCGAUUGCAGUCAGAGGCCUGAAUGUGAGGGUCUAAGCUUGGCAUCAUUUCUCCUCACCCCAAUCCAGAGGCUACCACGCUAUGAGCUGCUAUUGAAGUCCUUAUUGAAGCACACCUCACAGGAUCAUCCUGACUGCUAUUAUAUUGAGUCAGCACUGAAUGCACUUCACUCAAACCUAGUACUACUAGACCAUUCAAUACAAGUUUGUCAGCUAGCAAGUUCAAUAAGAAAAGAUGACAAUAGAGGCAAAAGAGGUAACAAGAAGACAAAAAGAAAGCCACCAAGACGCUACCACUCGCUCCGUUUCACUGAGAAAAUCCGACGUCACUUCUCCCAGACAAACAUCGAUGACCUCACGUCUCCCUCUCACUCGCCUCCUCUACAGGAGAGGGUAUACCAGUCAAGAGGGAACUCCGUUCUAGGGAAAAGCAGCCAUCUUGCUCGCUCCGUAGCAAAUCUUCUAGAAGAGAAAGAUAAACAUAAGGAUGAGAAUAAAGUCAAUAAUAGCUACCUAAAUAGAGCCAUUAGCUUCUCUGAUGUACUCUUGCUUGGGUCUGAUGAUAAAGUGCUAGAGGAACAACCCACGUCAUCAAAUAAGACACUGAUGUCCCAUUCACCGUCUCUCAUCAGUCACGACGACUCGAUAGAAGAGGAGGAAGCAAGAGAGGGAGAGGAGGAGAGAGAGGAAGCACCAAGGAAUAUGAUUCUAAACACUCAAAGAGCAUCGAUAUAUUCAUCAAACUCAAGCACAUCAGGAUUCGAUUCAAUAGCAGGUGAUUAUAGUUACGGUCAAGAUGACUCUGGCACACUCAAACACACAUACCCCACUGCGCCUGCCCUUAGCUCGUACGGGAAUGUCUCAACACUUAAACCAUUACAAUCCUUGAACAGCACUGAUAGUGGGUACAGGGACGACAAUAAACACCACCAGCCUCCUCCUCCUCCUCCUCCUUCUGCUCCAAUGACCUCCAGUUCCUCAGUCUCUGCUCCUUCCUCUGAAAAAACUAAGACCAAGCUAAAAAAGAAAACUAGUUUCUCGGCUGCUUUGAAGGUACUCAAGAGAGCAACAAGCAAAGACAUAACACCCUCGUCAUCACCUAAACCCAAGAGAUCGCAAAGCAUGGGCCACUUAAAUAAGAUAGAAAUCGGAGAGCCGACAGAUUUCAGACACAUUGAACACAAAAUAGGCAACAAGCACAUCUCUGUAGUUCUAUGAGGAAUGACUACUGGACAAGCAAUCACAUUCCAACUGACUGGUUUAUCAACACUCCAAUACUUCACUUUAUGAUACAUAAUUAUUGUUACUGUAUUACUGUACUAUAUAUAUAAGUCUAUGAUCAUUCACUAUAAUCACACUCUACUAUUACUGUUUUUCUGUUUUCCUCUCUCUCUCUCUCUCUCAUUGUAUUAACAAUCAUUGUCAGGUGACACAUAUCAUCAAUAACAAUACACACGCACAAACAACAUUAACUGUAUGAGAUUCUUUAUGUAAAGUAUACCAUAACAAGAUAGCUCUGAUGUUUUUUAAAGAAAAUGACAGUUGUAUUAUUAAUAUUA